AUGAAUUAUAAUAGCAUUUGUUCCCCAAUAGGUUGUGAUUGUGUGACAUUUGACGAUACAUACAAUAAAGAGUACGGAGUGUUCACAUCACCCAACUAUCCGACCCAAUACGAGGACAGUAUCGACUGUUUGCUGUAUGUCUUCAUCGCAGACACCCAUCAAAUCGUCAAAUUAUCAUGUUUGAGCGGAGACUUUGUAAAAGUAUUUCUAAACCAAGGAUCGGGUGAUACGGGUGUUAAUGAGUACAGCGUUUGGAACAGUGUUUUGUGCGGCAAGUCGUUGGACGAGUUCCAGAGCGUCCACUACUCGACCGGUUCUGUACUCAUAUUUGAGUUUCAUUCCGAUGCCAUCCCUAACAAUAGCACCGGAUUUAGCGGAACGUAUCAAUUCGUCAACAAAUCGCUCUUUCAAACCGAUGGACAACUGCUCAGCGGUUCUCAAUGUGAUUACCAAUUCGUUAGACUCGGAGCCAAUGACUCGGUUCGGGGAACCUUUUACAGCCCCGACUAUCCCUCUAAGUACCCGACGAACGCUAACUGUGCCUAUCAUUUCUUCGCCAAAUACAACGAAAAAGUUAAGGUUCUCUUCCAAACCAUUCAAUUACAAGAAGACGAUCAAAGGUUU